GGGAGGUUAAAUGUCAUGGAGAACAGAAAUGGACCAAAGCUGGCCACCUUUGUCUUACUGAUAAAAUUAUUACAUGUAGGUAUUAAACAUUAGGUUUAUUAUUACACAGCCAAUAUUUGAUACAUGUAAAUACUUACUUUCGCUCUCCUAGAUUCUGUUUUGGACAUUGUUGUUGGAACAAUGACCUAGCCACAAUGUCAUAAAUUGUUGCCUUGAUUAACUUAGUUAAUUUUACACAAUUUCCACCAAUCAUUUCCAAAUGCUGAAAAACUGACUAGAGGUAACUUAGCUAGCUAAGUUUACAAAUUCAAAAACGUCGUUCGAAUAUCGAUGUCGUCAGUAUAACGGCCCUGCUAUGGUGAGGUGUGUUAGCGAUGACGGAUGUGGAGGCGACCUAUGAGGACUUCAUCGCCUCUCGACGGUCCGGCCGCAGGAAUGCCAUCCAUGAAAUCCCAGCAGCCCCUGGAGUGCAGGGACCCCCUGACCUGUCACAGAGUCUGGCACAGCUCAACAUCAACAAGUCAGGUGAUGAGGGAGAAGACACUGAGAAAAGCCAGGACUCUCCAGCUAAAGAAGAGGAGACUCAAGCUGAGGGCAGCUAAGCAGCAAAGGGCUGCUGACAUUUGUGGACUCAAACAACUGCUUCUUCUUGUCUAGCUGAACCCUGAAUGCUAGGCCUCUAACUGGCCAGUUGCAUCUAAUGACUAUGAACAGACACAGCAAAAUCCUCUACUGCCACCAUGCCACAAUGCCUGUGUGACUGUCAGUGGUCCUGGGAGGAAAGGAGAGAAGGGAAAAGAGGCCCUUCAAGGUUUUUGGGGCACGCUUAAUUGUUUCCCCUGAAUUAAAAUGUUGUCUUCCCUUCCCCCCUUGCCUUCAGUCAAUCACCACUGAUGUGGCUGAAACACUUCCAGGGAACCGAGGACAGUGAUUGGACACCUACUCUUCCUCUGCUCUUCUUCAUGCAUCAACGCAUGCACGUGUCCCUCUAUCAAUGCUCACUGUUGACUAUUUCCAAAGCCCCUCAAUGAUUUGUUUUUGUAUAUUUGUUUAUUUUGGGCCAUGGAUGUAGCUCCACUGAAUUUUGGGUGAGCUUGCUUGACAUUAUCUCACAACUGCACUCCAGUGUUUUAAAAGUUGAACAUCCCUGAACAUCCCAAGGGAGGGUGGUAUUGUAUUUUGAGUUAAAUCUUGUUUUACUAAGUAUAGUUAAUAAUCAUAUUUAAUCAUCCCACUCAUUGUCUGCACCUGGUCUAUGGAGAAGUCUUCAGUCGUGUAGUAUGUGAUGGAUGCAGGAGUUCUCAUAGGCUACAUACAAAAGGUGUCCAUAUUAUACUGUGUCCUGGUUAUCCUAGAUCAAUAUACUGCCGUUUAGCUCAUCCAGAUGUGUGUCUGUGUGUGUGUGUGUGAGGAUGUGUGUGUUUAAAAUGUGAUUUGGUUUACUUUGGAAAUUGAGAUAAAUGAUUUAUUUGCUGCUGGAGAUUAGAAAAGAUACAAUACUGAUUGCACUCAAGUACACUAGCGUGUUAUAUAUAAUGUAUUAUAUUAUUGUUUAUUAGAGGUGUGUAUGUGUGUAUUUCUCUGUGAUAUGGGGUAUCAGAAUGAUUAUCGUUGUGAUUGUACAGAAUUUUGUAUUUCCCAUUUUUCCUGUCAGUCAACCUUUCAUUUUGAACUUCAGAAAGAACCACCCCUCUCAGUACUCUAAUGGUAGCUAUAAUACACUGCCUUUUUCUGUUAUACCAGUCAAAUAUGUGAAUAUGCACUCUAAAACUGUAUCUUGAAUUCAUAUAAUACUGACAUACUUUUGGGUGAUUAUUUUCUCAAAACUGAUGACAUCACUUGUCUGUCUUUGCUUGUUUUAUGAAAUCUUAGAUGCAUACAAUUUUAAGACUGAAUAUGAAAUUAAAUGACUAGUUAAAGGGGCAUUUCUACAUUGUAUUUACAGGUCAAGAAUAAUGUAUACAUUGAGUCAGGUAUAGUGUGAUUUCAUGACAAGUACUGUUGCACUGUAGGUGACUUAGAGCACCCAUGAUCAUGUUGUAUUUACCAUAUUGUUAUUUUCUGCAGCUCAUUCAUGAAUUAUGUCACUGUGUUGUCAAUGACUUUACUGCAUAAUGCCCUCAUAUUUGAUUUGACUUUGUUAGUUUUGAUGUGCAGUUAAAUCUCAAUGAAAUUCAAGACAAAUUCAUGUGCUGUAUGUUGUCCUGUCCACAGAGGAGAGGGGCUGAGUAAACAAGGUAAUUGUGUCCCUCUAGUGGUUAAUGUUAGCCCUACUAUUGCGCCACAGAAAAGCCACAGCACUGGCCAAUUUUGUUUUGUAAUGAUAGCUAAGGUACUGUGAUCCAGUAGAUACUGUUACUAUCAGUCAUUGUGGUGCCCUAUUGUGAUUUUAGGUCUCUAUGAUGGGAUAGAUACUGUGAUUGUUGGCCCAUGUGAUAGUAUUGGUGCUUUACAAUUAUAGACCAAUGUAAUACAAACGAUAGUGAUUA